AUGGCCGCCUCCACCCUGUCCGUCUGCUCCAGUAACCUGAGCUACGGCAGCCGCGUCUGCCUGCCCGGUUCCAGUGACUCUUGCACCGACGCCCCCUGGCAGGUGGACGACUGUCCAGAGAGCUGCUGUGAGCCCUCCUGCUGCGCCCCCAGCUGCUGCCAGCCCUCCUGCUGUGUCCCCAGCUGCUGCCAGCCCUCCUGCUGUGUUCCCAGCUGCUGCCCCUCCACCUGCUGUGCCCCCAGCUGCUGUCAGCCCUCCUGCUGUGUCCCUAGCUGCUGCCCGUCCACCUGCUGUGUCCCCAGCUGCUGUGCACCAGCCUCCUGCCAGACCCUCGUCUGCACCCCAGUGAGCUGCGUGUCCAGCCCCUGCUGCCAGGUGGCCUGUGGGCCCAGCCCCUGCCAGUCAGCCUGCGCCAGCUCCUGCCUGCCCUCCUGCUGCCAGCCCUCCUGCUGCACCUCCUCCCCCUGCCAGCAGGCCUGCUGCACGCCCAUGUGCUGCACGCCCGUCUGCUGCAGGCCCGCGUGCUGUGUGCCCGUCUGCUCUGGGGCCGCCUCCUCGUGCUGCCAGCCCACCCCCUGCCCCUCGGCCUGCUGCAGGCCCUCCUCCUGCGUGUCCCUCAUCUGCCGCCCCGUGUGCAGACCCGCCUGCUGCGUGCCCGUCUCCUCCUGCUGUGGCCCCUCCUGCUGCCAGCCCAGCUGCUGCCGCCCGGCCUCCUGCAUGUCCCUGCUCUGCCGCCGUGUGUGCUCCCGCCCAACCUGCUGCGUCCCUGCCUCAGCCCAGAAGUCCUGCUGCUGA